GAAGGUAAUUUCAAACAAGCAAUCGGGUUUUAUCAGCGUGCACUUUCUACCGCAAAAGAGAUUGGAGACAAACAGUCAGAAGGGAUUGCUUAUCACUACCUUGGCAACGCCUAUCAUUCUCUCAAUGACUUCAAAAAAGAAAUCGAAAACCAUCAGCAGGCUCUCAUCAUCGCGAAAGAGAUUCAAGAUAAAAGCCUUGAAGGAGUUGUUUAUUGCAGCCUUGGCAAUGCUUAUCACCUUCUCAGUGAUUUUAAAACAGCAAUCGUGUUUCAUCACCAGGCUCUUGGCAUCGCAGAAGAAAUUGAAGACAAACAAUUAGAAGGAAGUGCAUGCAUCAGCCUUUUCAAUGCCUAUCGUUCUUCAGGUGAUCUAAAAACGGCAAUCGAUUUCUAUCAGCUGGCCCUACGCAUCGCCGAAAGGAAAGGCAUCAAGGAUUUCGAAGGAAAGGCAUAUGUCAAUCUUGAGAGUGAACAUCUCUGUCUUGAAGAUGUCGAGAAAGCCGUAGCCUUCCAUAAACUGGGCCUUACUACUGCAAAAGAGAUUGGAGACAAAGAUUCAGAAGCAAAGGCAUAUAACAACCUUGGUCUUGGAUGUCACUCUCUCGGUGAAUUCAAUAACUCAAUCGAGUUUUAUGAGCAGGCUCUAAGUAUUGCCAAAGUGAUCGGAAACAAAGAUCUAGAAGGAAGUAUAUACUCUAACCUUGGCAUGACUCAUAAGUACCUCGGAAAUUUCAAGAAAACAAUUGAGCUCAACGAACAAGCUCGUGGUAUUGCUGAAGAAAUUGGAGACAAAGAUUCAGAGGGAAGGGCGCAUAUCAAUGUUGGCAGUGCCUAUCAUUCUCUGGGCGAUCUGAAAAAGGCGAUCAAGUUUCUUCAGCUGGGUCUUAGUAUCGCAAGAGAGGCUGGCAACAAAGAAUCAGAAGGAGCUGCAAGUAACAACCUUGGUAAUGCACAUCUCUCUCUCGGUGAUUUAGAAAGCGCAUUCGAGUAUUUUAAACAAGCUCGCAGUAUCGCAACAAUGAUUGGUCACAAAGAUUUAGAAGGAAAUUCGCAUAACAACCUUGGUAGUGCGUAUCACUCUGUCGGUAAUUAUACCAAGGCAAUCGAGUGCAGUCAGCAAGCUCUUAGUAUCGCGAAAAAGAUUGGAAAAAAAGAUGCAGAAGCAAAUGCAUAUAAUAACCUUGCCAAUGCCUAUCACUGUCUCGGUAAAUUUAAAGACGCAAUCGAGUAUUAUCGGCAAUUUAGUGAUAUGGCAAAAGAGAUUGGAGACCAUGAUUCAGAAGGAAAUGCGUAUAAUAACCUUGGUAAUGCCUAUCACAAUCUCGGUGAUUUUAAAAAGGCAAUUGACUUCCACCAACAAAGUCUUAAGAUCGCACAAGAUAUUGGAAAAAUAGAUUUAGAAGGAAAAGUACAUAACAACCUUGGAAACGCCUAUCAGUGUCUUGGUGAUUCACAAGAGGCAAUUAGGUGUUAUAAGCGAGCUAUAAGUAUCGCCAAGAAGACUGGAAACAAAGAAACUGAAGGAUGUGCAACUGGGAAUCCUGGGUAUGUUUAUUACUCUCUCGGUGAUUUGGAAAACGCAAUGGAGUUUUACCAAGAAGCUCUUAGUAUCGUGAAAGAGAUUGGACACAAAGAUUCAGUAGGAGUUGUGUACAACAACCUUGGUCUUGCGCAUCAAUACCUCGGUGACAAUAAAGAAGCAAUGGGGUUCCACCAGAAAGCUCUUACUAUCGCAAAAGAGACUGGAAAAAAAGAUUCAGAAGGAGAAGCAUUUAAAAGCCUUGGAAAUGCCUAUCACUUUCUUCAUGAUUUCGAAAGAACAAUCGAGUUCCACCAGGAAGCUGUUAGUAUCGCAAAACGGUCCGGAAAAAAGGAUUCCGAAAAAGAAGCAUAUGAGAAUCUGGGUAUUGCCUUUCAGUCUCUCGGUGACUUUUCUAGAGCUGAGGAAUUUUUCAAACGCAGUAUAAAACUAUUCGAGGAAAUAAGAGUUCUUCUCCAAGAGAAAGACGAAUGGAAAAUCAGCUUUCGGAGUCAAUUUGAGGUGUACAAUUUUUUGUGCAGUCUUCAAAUACAACAAGGCAAGACAACCGAGGCGCUUUCCACAGCUGAGUGGGGGCGAGCGCAAGCCCUCGCGGACCUCAUGGAAUCACAUUAUGGGGUAAACUCAACUCUGUCAUUCUCAGAAGAGCAGAGGGAACAAAUGUCAAGCAUUUCAAGCCAUAGUUUAUCACCUACGGUAUUCCUCUGGGAAGUCUCCGGAUCAGUGAAUUUCUGGGUACUACUGAAGGGGCAGCAGUGCCAGUUCGCGAGAGAGAAAUUCAAUGACAACUUGACAUCUUUGACGCACAAAAUGUACAAACAAAUUGGUGUUUUCAAACCUGUCAUGUGCGAAGACCGCUCCAUGGAUGAUCCUGCAGAUGAAGGACGCCAAGAAUUAUCUCUUUGUAGGGGUCCAGAUGAGAAAACAGAUACACAUGAUACACAGGAUGAGGGAUCUGUUUCAAAAACAUUAUAUGACGUGGUUAUUGCUCCCAUUUUACAAUAUAUAAAAGGAAAUGAGCUUAUCAUUGUUCCUGAUAGUUCAUCGUUCUUGAUUCCUUAUGCUGCCCUAAUGGAUCAACAUUCCAGGUAUUUGUCUGAAACGCUAAGAAUUCGAUUGGCUCCAUCACUAACCAGCUUAAGGCUGCUAGCAGAGUGUCCGGAGGGGUACCAUAGUUCGUCCGGUGCUCUUCUUGUCGGUAAUCCGUGGGUGGAAACUGUACGCAUCAAAGGCAAAAAAAUCCAGCAACUUUCGAGUUCCGAGGAGGAAGUACAAAUGAUUGGAAAGAUGCUGAAUAUUGAGCCUCUCACUGGAAAAAACGCUACAAAAGACCAAGUGUUAAGCAUGCUUCACUCAGUUUCCUUAGUACACAUUGCAGCUCAUGGUCGCGCAGAAACUGGUCAAAUUCUUUUGUCUCCUAGUCUUGCUAGUUCAGAAACGCCCAAAGAAAAAGACUUCCUUCUGACGAUGGCAGACGUGUUGAGUAAAAAGUUGCAGGCCAAGCUUGUUGUCUUGAGCUGUUGUCACAGUGGGCGAGGAAAGAUCAAAGCCGAAGGUGUGGUUGGAAUUGCACGUGCCUUUUUAGGAGCCGGUGCUCGUUCUGUUAUUGCGUCACUGUGGGCGAUUGAGGACAAAGCAACUAUGGAGUUUAUGACAAACUUUUACAAACAUUUCGUGGCAGGGCAAAGCGCAAGUGAGUCCCUCAAUCUGACCAUGAAACAAAUGCGGAAGUCUGACGAGUUCUUUGCUGUAAAGCAGUGGGCACCAUUUGUGCUGAUUGGCGAUGAUGUGACAUUGAAUUGUAGCCAGUGA